UCUCCAGGUGAUGUUGCAGUAAAGAGGUACCCUGGCGGAGAGGAGAUGUGGUUAUUGUGUUUUCAAUAACACUACACGAUUUUCGGUUUUUGGCAGGGGCGGUUUGUUCGGGGAGAAAAAACAGUGACAUGAAACCAGUCACGUACCCAAGGUUUUAAAUUAUAACUAAAAAUACAGCUAUGGCGGGACUCAUCAAAAAACAGAUCCUUAAGCACCUCUCCAGGUUUGCCAAAAAUCUAUCCCCGGACAAGAUCAAUCUGAGCACCUUGAAAGGGGAGGGUCAGCUGACCAACCUGGAGCUGGAUGAGGAGGUGCUUCAGAACAUGCUUGAUCUGCCCACAUGGUUGGCCAUCAACAGGGUCUUCUGCAACAAGGCCACCAUCAGGAUACCAUGGACAAAGCUGAAGACCCAUCCAAUCUCUCUGUACCUGGAUAAAGUUGUAAUGGAAAUGAGUACCUGUGAGGACCCUAGAAAACCCAAUGGCCCAUCCCCUAUAGCAACAGCCUCCGGUCAAAGUGAGUAUGGAUUUGCUGAGAAGGUGGUGGAAGGUAUCACUAUAUCUGUUAAUUCCAUUGUCAUCAGAAUCAAAGCAAAAGCCUUCAAUGCCUCUUUUGAACUGUCCCAGCUGAAAGUGUAUAGUGUGAAUACAAGCUGGCAACCGGGUGACCUGAGAUUCACACGAAUACAUGACCCACAGCGUGGAGAGAUAUUGACAUUUAAAGAAAUAAGUUGGCAGAUGAUCAGGAUAGAGGCGGAUGCUAUUCAGAGUGGAGAUCAUGAAGUCCUGAGUGCUCCAGUUCGCCUGAUCACAAAUCAGUCCAAAAUCAGAGUCACACUAAAGCGAAGGUUAAAAGACUGCAAUGUGGUGGCAUCAAAACUGAUUUUGGUUUUGGAUGAUCUGUUGUGGGUCCUGACUGAUUCCCAGUUAAAGGCGAUGGUCCAGUAUGCAAAAUCUCUGAGUGAGGCUAUGGAGAAAUCAGCCCAGCAAAGGAAGAGCAUGGCUUCUGAAUCCUCAGAGAGUGCAGCUCCAGCCCCGAGCUCCCAGCAGGUGAGGACUCCACAGACUGCCGCGGCAGCUGAUCACAAUGACACCAUUGCCAAGCUCUUCAACUCCUACGAUGUGCUGGAAACCUCCCACCACUUACAAGUCACCCACCUUGACCUGCACAUUUGUGAUGACAUUCAUGCCAAGGACAGAGGAAUAAACAAACGGAUCACUGGGGGGGCAAUGCAGCUGUCUUUCAAUGAGAUUACAGUGGACUACUACCCACUUCACAGAGCAGGCGAGACCUGCCAGCAUUGGAUGCACUACAGUGAGUCGACUAAAUCGCGCGAAGGCUGGGCUAAGAAUAUCCUAGAUGAAUUUAAGGCUCAUGUGGACAUGCUGAAGCACGCAGUGAAAGACCACAGAAAUGCCACUGAAGCUCCUCCAUCAUCCCCUCCACAAGGGAAAAUAUCCACAUCUUCAACUAGUACUUUCACUGCUCCCAGCCAGCAGCCAAAAACACAUUUGAUGUCCAGCUCUAUUGUGGUCAGAGUGGCAGACUUCAAUUUUUACCAGGUUUCCACAGCAGAUCAAUGUCGAUCAUCCCCCAAAACCAUGAUCUCCUGCAAUAAGAAAGCACUCUACCUGCCACAAGAAAUGCCAGCUACUCAUAUUGAAUUUACUGAGUACUAUUUUCCAGAUGGAAAGGAUUACCCAAUUCCCUGCCCUAAUCUGUAUGUGCAGCUCAAUGCACUUCAGUUAGUCCUGGAUGCCAGAAGCAUGGUGUGGCUCAACCAGUUUGUGUUGGACCUGAGGCAGAGUUUGGAGCAGUUCAUGGCUCUUUACAAACUGGAUGACAGUGCAAAGACAGAUGAGCAUGUUGACAUCAGGGUGGAGGGACUUAUGUUAAAGCUCAUUGUUCCUACUCAAAAGGAGCUGGAAAGGCAUCAAGACCUCCCACAAUCAAUUUCCAUUCAGACAUCAGAAAUGAUUGCCACCAAUACAAGACAUUCUGCAAAAUGUACCCGUUCUGAUUUAGAAGCUGUGCUUCAAGAUUUUAAAGAGUUUGAAUUCUUUAGUAAGACGUUUACAGAUUUUCCCAAAUCAGAGGAUAGUUUUAAUCUUCUGCACCCGAUAUUUCAGAGACAUGCUCAUGAGCAGGAUACAAAGAUGCAUGAUAUUUAUAAAGGCUUUGUCACCCCUGUGUUGAGCACAAAUGCACUAAAAACUUCAGCUGCUACAGACUUGUGGGCUGUACAUUUUUCUCAGUUUUGGGUAGACUAUGAAGGAAUGAAGAGUGGAAAAGGUAGACCGGUCCCCUUUGUAGAUUCUUUUCCUUUCUCUAUCUGGGUCUGCCAGCCAGCCAAAUACACACAGUCCCAGGAGCUGUCUCAGACUUCUAGAGCACCAGCUUUUAACAUUCCAAAAAGUGAAUCAGCAGAGCUCAGCGACCGAAUGCACCGCAAGAAACUCCUGAAGGAUUAUUAUAGCACAGACUGUGAAUCUAUAAGCAACGGAAUUAAGAAGCCUGCCUCCCUGGAUAGCAUUCCAGUGUCUUCCUCUCCUCCCAGCUCUUCCUUAAACCCUGACAUCCAAAUUCUGGUCCACAUUCAGAAACAUUUAAGUAUGCAAGUCAAUCACUAUCAGUAUAUAUUCUUGAUGCACCUCCAGAAUUCAAUCAAAAUACUUCAGCAAAAUAUACAGAAGGACAUGGAGGAGGUAACUGGGAAACAUUCAGAGCAGACUAACAUUUGUGUUGGACUUUUGCUUGAAAGUGCUGAAGUUGCCGUCUUACUCCACCCACUUCCCCAGACAGACACAAGGACUAAAUCACCAGUUUCUGAUAAUGAAAGCCAGAUAGAUUCGGAUAUUUCUCCUUCUGAGAGCAGAGGACACCUGGAACAAGGGAGUGAACCAUUAAAUGAGAAUGUCAGCAGAAUGUUUGACUGUACUGAAGAUGCUGCAGUUACACACCUUGAUGUCUCUUCGGUCGAUGAUUUGCUCUGCACGACAUUUGGGGAAUUGACUUUGCAUAAAUCAGUGCCACUUCAGCCUUCCACAGCUAGUUCAUUCAAAAGUUCCUUUGAGAGAGAAAACUGCACUGGAACUGCUGCUGAGAGAACAGGUUCUGCAGACUGUGAUGACUCCUCAGAAUUGCUGUGUAAUCUGUCAGCUGCAGACCACCUGACUGUAGGUGAAAAUAAUGGUGAAGGGCUAAGAAGCUUUGAAUAUUGUAAAGAAGUUACUCAAAAUGAGUUUUCAAGGACCUUAAAUAGCAGGAGUAAUGGGGGAGGAGACCCUUUAAAUGAUCAGCGUGCUUCAAAACCAGAGGCAGACUUACUAUCUCGAGACUUGAAUGGCGGCAAAGAGAAACCUCCUGUGACAAGGAUGUCUCAGUCAGUAUCGAGUGGAAAACUUAUAAAGGAACGCUCACAGUCAAGUUUCUCUGUGUCUUACAAGAAUGUGAAGAGAAGUCCAUCUUUGCAUUCCCUUGACAACAUCUCAAUUGACAGUAACUUGCUAGAGGAGCACAUGUUGGAAAGUGAUGGCAGCGACAGCUUUAUUCUCACUGACAAAGAUGCAAUCUCAGAAGAUAUUUCAGUGUCUGGUUUCAAAGACACCAUGAGUGACCAGAGCCCAGCUGAAAGUGCAAAUGAGGCACUAGGAAAUGAAGGUGGAAUGUCACCAGAUGCAAUCAGUGCUGCUUCUCAAAGUAUAGAAGAAAACACUAAAGAUUUGAUGUCUCUGGUGGUUUUUAAAAUAUUUGGUGCUAACUGCGGAGUCGACAUCAAGGGUGACAAUGCAGCUGUUUGCCUCCAGAUCAACCGAGUGAUUCCAAAUCAACUGGGAAAUGUCAGUGUUAGACAGUAUCUCGGCAACCGCAGCAUGGGUUCUGAUCACUCCUCGUUGCUUCAGCACAGAAAAGCAUGUCCAGAAGUGAGAGUGCGAAUGGAAAGCGGACCUAAUGCUGCAGCACAUUCCCCACUAGCUGCAAAUAACGGCUUCCUGCAGUGUGAGCUGGACAACUUCAGCGCUGACCUGCUGAUGUCUUCCAUCGUGAACCUAGGGCAGUUUAUCGAGGGAAAUUCCGUUUCGGAAGUGGUGCCAAUGAAAAUUACAGUUUCCAAUACAAGCAUUAAUUUGAAGGAUGACAGUCGUGUAAACCCAUCAGGUACCCAGCCAGCACCAAUGGCAUUGCACAUCGAGAACCUUUUAGUACAGAGGAACGAUGAUGGAUCCUUCUCUUUUGGUGUUGAUGAAACUUCCAGUCCAAAAAAGAAAAUGGAAGUCAGGUCUCAAAGUGAGAUUAGCAAUGCUCCUGAGAAACAGAGGAAAGUGAGCAUUGUGUCCCAAGCCACACAGACAUUACCAGAAAGGCCUUGCCCUCCUGUUCAGUCACCAAAAGAACAAGCAAGCACUAAAAGCUUGGCUGACUUGCAAAAAAAACAGCUCCUUGCAGAAAAUGAGUGUUUGAAGCAGGAACUGUCAAAAGCCAAGUUGGCACUUGCUGAAGCUCACAUGGAGAAAGACAGCUUACUUCAUCAAAUCAAAAGGAUGUCUAGCAGUAGCUAAUUACAAAAGCCAACAGUUUCCAGGACCAAGAAGGGAAUGAUGAACAAAAGUAUAUUUUAUUUGCUAGUUAGUGGUGACUUAUCAUGGUAGUAAAACCUGCUAUGAUGAGCAUUGAACAAAGUGGUGUGAUUUUAAUAUGCAAACAGGGACAGAUACAUUUACAGAAUUGUGUUUUGUGGAUGUUCUAAUUGCUGUUCCUGGUUUAAUCUGAAGCAAUUAAGGAUUAACAGUUUGGUAUAAUGAAAGUUAGUUGUCUGCUAAUUAUGAUCAUUUUCAAAAUAAUCUGUGGAUAAGUGUGAAUGUCGCAUUGGGAUCUUAAAUAGAUGAAGUACUUUAUUAAGACCGUUUCCUGCAAAGGAUAUGUAUGAUCAUUAGAAUGUAAAAUACAAUUAUUUGUAGUGUCCAGAGAAUGUCUUUCAAAUGACAGUUUGCACUGUAAUAAAAAACAAAAUCAUGCAUCUGUAAUUCUAAAAAAAAAAAAAAAAAAAAAAAAAAAAAAGUAAUUUGCUCUUAAUUGUCAUUUUUAAAAACGUAAGAAUAUCAAAGUGAGAUUAGUUUGCAAGAAUGAUGUGCUAUGCUGUUGAUUUUGUGUGUGUGUGUUGCGUUUGCUAUUAUGCAGAAUGAUAAUACUGCAUAAAUCUUUUAGUUUGUAACCAACAUUUCAUUACUUACAUUUUUAUUACUUAAAACUGAUUCAGACUAACACACAGAGCAUUUCAUAUUUUUAUAAGUGUAAAAAGUGGUUUGCUAAAAGAGACAGUUUUAAUUAUAUAAGUGUAAAUAAAGGUGUGAACAGGAA